GCUAGAGCAUGCGGGGGCUUUCAAAUCCGAGGAAAAGGGGGGCCUCCAUCAGCGAGGUCAUAUACACACCACUUCAUCACUAUCCGGUCACAUUCCUUCGACUGAGUAGGUCUUCAAGGAGGUGAAGGUUGAGCCAAGGCAACUCUGCCCUGAACCUCACUGCUGCCUCGCUGCUGGCCGUUGUCGCCGAGGGCUCCGAAGCCAAGCCGCAUUCUCCUCCCCGGGCUUACGAGAGCCGCACCAGGGUCCACACCUCCCUCAUCGCCCGACAUGGCUUCUUCACAGCCCUCCGGCUCUGGCAGUGGUCAAGCUUCCAGCAGCGCCAUCAUAUCCACGAUCCGAGACAAGGCUCCUUCUGAGACACAGCGGCGGAGACUCUUGUCGCUCUUCGGCUCCAUCCUGGUAUCCCUCUCUGCGGGUAGCAACUAUGCUUUUAGCACAUUCGGACCUCAGCUGCAGGACUCAUUACACCUCACCAGCACACAGCUUAAUGUCGUCGGUGUGCUGGGUAAUAUGGGAGUGUACCUGAGUGGGCCACUGUGGGGAAAGUGGGUAGACAAGAGGGGACCCAAGCUAGCUCUGCUGAUCGGAGCUGUCAUGAUACUCUGCAGCUACGGCGGCAUGAGCCUGGUAUACCGGUAUUCUUGGCCAUAUCACUCGGCUGUCCUGCCCGCCUUCCUCAACCUCAUUGCCGGUGCAGGCAAUAGCGCCGCCUUCACAGCAGCCAUGAAUGCCCAAGCGAAGAGCUUCAGUGGCACUCAAAGAGGUUCGGCUACUGCUCUGGUCCUCGCCGGCUUUGGUCUUUCGGCGUUCAUGUACUCGGCUCUGUCUCACGAGCUCUUCCCAGGCAACACAAGCGAUUACCUGCUCCUGCUUGGUGUGGGCAGCUCCGCUUCCUUCCUCCUGGGCAUUGCAUUGGUGCAGAUCAUUCCUCCAGCUGUUGUUCUGGAGACUCCCAAUACCUCGGCCAUCGACGAACGCUUGACUGGCGACGUAGACGUGGAGCAAGUGCGAAGGCAACGGCCGCGUCAAAAGCGUAGAGUCUCGCGCACCUCGCAAGAUCUGGGAGCCGAAGCCUACCUCAUCAGCUCGGAUGAAGAAGGUGAUUCAGAAGACGUCGAGACCGGAAGAGAGAGCGAAAGGCAAGGUCUACUCAACGGCAACAUCAACAAGAACACCACUGUGGAUGGUGCGGACAAUGUAGAUAUCACUGGCUGGAAGCUCGUCAAGCAGACUGACUUCCGGCUGCUCUUCCUGAUCACUUGUCUGAUCUCUGGGUCCGGAUUGCUGCUAAUCAACAACGUAGGUACCAUCACCCGGACUCUGUGGGAGUACAGCCACGCCAAGCAUAACUCUGUUACGGACACGCUUCCCCAUCUGGUGUAUCGAGCCUUCGAUGAUCCUGUCAUGUCUAUUCUCAAGCAUCAAGAUGCGAGCAGGAUCCAACAGGAGCAGGCUCACCAGGUCUCGGCCAUCUCGAUCGGCAAUGCCUCUGGUCGUGUCGUCAUUGGUCUGCUGUCUGACCUCUGGGUCACGUAUACCGGAAGUGCAAAGCAGAGGGUCUGGGUGCUUCUGCCUGUUACCCUGCUGUCCUUCUCUGCGCAAUUCCUCUUUGCUCUACCAGAGACGAUCGACAAUGUGCACAGCUUGCUGUUCGCUUCUGCUCUAGGUGGCUUCGCCUACGGCGCCUAUCACGGAGCUGCUCCUUGCCUCACCUUCGAGUGGUUUGGUCUCAGACAUGCCGCCAGGAAUUGGAGUCUGGUGGCGCUCGCACCGGUGAUCAGUGGAAACAUCUUCAAUCUCUUGUUCGGCAAGGUCUUUGAUUCGCACGUCCCCGCCUCUUCGCCAGUGCAUCAGUGCAACCUCGGCGAGGAAUGCUACAGAACUUCUUUCCUGAUCACCAGCACAGGUACAGCAUGCUCCGUAUUGGUGGCUCUGGUACUCAUCUUCAGAAGAGCAGGUAUCCCUCAUCUUGGAGGUGGAACAAGCGGAGGCCGCAGCACCUGA